AUGAAAGCAAGAAAUAAGAGUAAAUCAGAAAAAGAUGACAUUGAUUUAUUCUUUGAAACAAUGGCGAAAACAGUUAAGAAGUUCCCUAAAUUAAAAUUUGACAUAAUGACACUCUUCCAUGAAAAAGAUAUGAGGUGGCUGGAUUCUCUGACAGAAUCUUCUGCUUCUUCAAGUAGGAUGUCAGAAAUAUCAACACCAUCACCUUAA